AUCCAAUUAUUAUAUGUAUACAUACCUACCUAGCUUCGUUUCUGUUCUGUCUGGUUGUUGUUCUGUCUGUUUGUUACCAUUGCCCAUUGUCCGCUGCCAUGUCCCCCUCCUCCCACAACAUCGUCGUCCUGGGCGCUGGCGUCGUCGGCCUCACCACCGCCCUGCAACUAGCCAAAAACCCGGCCUACGUCGUCACCGUUGUCGCUAAGCAUAUGCCCGGCGACUAUGAUAUAAACUACGCCUCGCCCUGGGCCGGUGCCAACUACUUGCCCGUCGGACCCCCCGGCUCCGCCCUCGCCCUCUACGAGCGCAACACCUGGCCCGAGCUGCAACGUCUCGCGGCCAAUGAUCCCUCGGCUGCCAUCCAUUUCCAAGAGGCCGUUCUGCACAACCGUGCCAAGGACCUCGGCUCCGUGACGGGUGACUGGUUCGCCGAGUUGCUUAAGGCCAACCCGUGGUGGAAAGACGUGGUCCCCAACUUCCGUGUGCUGCCCAAGCACCAACUGCCGCCCGGCAUUGACUCGGCCACUGCCUUCACCUCCGUCUGCAUCAACACUGCCAUCUACCUGCCCUGGCUUGUGAGCCAAUGCCUGGCGCGCGGCGCCCGCUUCGCGCGCGCUGACGUCGCCCACGUCGCCGACGCCGCACGCCUGCACCACAGCGGAGCGCCGGCUGAUGUAGUCGUCAAUUGCACCGGCCUGGCUGCGCGCACGCUCGGCGGCGUCGCUGACCCCACCGUGUACCCAGGUCGUGGGCAGAUCGUCAUCGUGCGCAACGAUCCCGGCGUCAUGGCCAGUUCGUCAGGGACAGACGACGGCGGGGACGAGGUCGUGUACAUGAUGCAACGCGCCGCGGGCGGUGGUACUAUCCUGGGCGGCUGCAUGCAGAAGAAUUCCUGGGAAUCACAGCCGGACCCAAACCUUGCCGUCCGCAUUAUGCGGCGCGCCGUGGAGCUGUGUCCAACACUGACUGAUGGCGGCGGCAUCGAGAAGCUGAGUAUCGUCCGGCACGGUGUCGGGUUGCGGCCGAUGCGCGAGGGCGGCCCGCGUGUUGAAAAGGAGCGUAUUGAGGGCGUCUGGACAGUGCAUAAUUACGGUCAUGGCGGCUAUGGCUACCAGGCCAGUUACGGAUCGGCGGACGCGGCGGUCAAACUGGUUGACGAUGUGUUGAGAAGCAAGGCGAUGUUGUAGGACGUCAGCUGAAGAGGUGCACGCGCCCGAUAGAAAUGGAAGUGCGACGGUUCGAGAAAUGUCACACAACGUAGCAUUCCGCAUGGCGAGUAGAGGUACGUAGUGGAGCAUGAUCUGAGCCGAUGAUGAAGAUGUAUAUACAGCUAUAUAGAUGGCUGCGUAUACAUAUAGAAACCUUGAGUUUCAGGUACAGUCAUGGCUCACAGACUGACUCCUAAAAUUUGGUAAGUCUUCGCCUACGAGUAAACUUGGAGGUUGCGUGUCAGCCUUCGUCUUCUGCUCUUGGACCUCUUUCUGUAGAUAUUUGAUCCGCUUAGAAAGCACGUGUGCUGGGAUCCUGCAUAGAGGUAACUAGAAAGUGAUACACUCUCAAUUCAAUAUCCUUAAG